GCAUUUAUUCCACUCAGUUCUUUCACUUUCUCUUUGCUAUUAUAUAUCACCCUUGUAUAUAUACACCAUGUCUGCAUAUAAAGCUUUAUUGACCUCUUCUUCAAGAGCCCGUUUAGUUACAAACACUGUGCGUUAUCAAAAUAACAAUGUCCGUCACUACAGUUCUCCUUUCAAGGUCUUUAUCAAUACCAUUAAGGAACAAAUGUCGAAGAGUAAAGAUAUCAAAAAUUUGCAAGAUGAGUCUGGUAGAAUAAAUGAUAGCGAGGCACUCAAGAAAGCAAAGGAAAUGUUUGAAAAGGCGAGGGCUCAACAAUCAGCUAACGCGGAACGUAUUAAGCAAGCAUCUGAAAAGUUCACAAAGGCUGCUGGAAAGGUUGGCUCCUCUGUUAACGAAUCUUUCAAAAAGGCUUCCGAAACUGAAUUUGCUAAAGAUGCAUCGGAAAAGAUUAAAAAGGCAGCAGAACAAAUUAAUAAGUCUGCAGAUCCCUUAAAGAAGAGUGAGACUGUUGGAAAGAUUUCGGAUUCAUUCAAGACCGUUUUAAAGGAUGACAGUGGUAGAUAUGGUGGUUUCGUUGACAAGGAAACCAGACGUAAGUUGCGUGAAGAGGCUCAAAAGUCUAAUGAGGGUGCUUCCAAGGUCGUUGCUGAAAAUACCGAGGCUGGUGCCAAUAUGGUCCUUCACAAAGACUCCAAAUGGAAGGAAAGUUGGUCGAAAUUCAAGGAAGAUAGUCCUAUCAUGCAAGGUAUCUUCCGUGCCAGAAGAAAUUACGAUGAAUCUGACAACGUCUUUGUAUCUUACUCUCGUGCUUUCACUGAUCGUCUUUCGGACACAUUCGGAUCAAUUUUCGAAGAAUCAGAUCAAGCCCAAGCCAUCCGUGCUUUCCAAACUAUCGAUCCUACGUUCAAUAUGGAUAAGUUUAUGACUGAUGCCCGCAAAUAUAUUAUCCCUGAAGUCAUGGAAGCAUACUUGAAGGGUGAUGUCGAGACAUUGAAGGUGUGGUGUUCCGAGGCUACCUAUAAUGUUUUGACUGCUGUCAUUCAAGCCCAAAUGCAACAAGGCUUAAUUAGUGAUUGUAAGAUUCAAGAUUUGCGUGAUAUCGAUUUGGUUGCCGCAAAGAUCUUGGAAAAUGACGUUCCCGUCUUAGUUUUGUCUUUCCGUACACAAGAAAUUAUCGUUUUCCGUAACGCUAAAAGUGGAGAGAUUGUAUAUGGUCAAGAGGACAAUAUUGAACAAGUAACAUAUGCCUGUGUCCUUACCAAAGAACCUGAGGACCUUCAAAACCCCAUUACUGGUGGCUGGAGAAUCAUCGAUAUGGCUAAACACGACUCCAGACCUGUCUGGUAAAUCUGCUAUUUAGACAUUAUACAUAUUUUCAUGUAUAAACCUUAUACAUACACAUACACACACAAACAACUGUAGAAAAAAAAUCUAUCCUCGCUUAAACUUUAUAAUCACCCUCCCCUCUUUUCUUCUUUUUUUUUCCAUUAGAUCUUGGCGUCAAACUUUUAUAUGCCUAUUAAAAAUAUCCCAGCUAUCAACGGCUUUUUUUUUUUUACUUCACCCAAAA